CCAUGCCCCCGGCCUGUCACACGUACAUGACGGGACAUUCGCGGAGGAACUGAGCCGACCGGAGCCGAGGCGCCACCAAUGUUCUGUCCCAUGUGUGGGAUAUGGCCUCUGCUUCUCCUGGGAGGACUCCUGCUGCCAGGGAUGCGACGUGUCAGUGGAAUAGAUAUUUACACUCCAGGCGAUGUGGAAGCGGUCAACGGGACAAAUGUGAAACUGAAGUGCACCUUCAGCUCCAGUCAACCCGUGUCCACCCAGUCGGUCAUAGUCUCCUGGAACUUCCGCCCCAUUAAUUCGGCAACAGAUGAGUCGGUGUUUUACUACCAGGAGGUACCGUACCCUCCAAAGCAGGGGCGUUUCAAAGGCCAUGCAGUGUGGUCGGGAGAUAUUAUGCGACGGGACGCCUCCAUCACCCUGCAUGAGGUGCCUCCGACCUUCAACGGCACCUACAUCUGCCAGGUGCGCAACCGUCCAGAUGUGCACGGCAGCAAUGGAGAGAUCAACUUGUCAGUUGUCAACAAAGCGUCUUUCUCUCAGUUCAGCUUGCUGGUGCUCAUAGUCGGAAUCGCCUGCGGCGUAAUCCUGUUCCUCCUCGGCAUCUUUGUGGCGGUGAGGUUCUACAGGAAGAGGCGCAUGGAAAGCGACAUUGAGCUGCAACCACGGGAUCGCGAGUGGAAGGAGCCGACCGUGUGUACACUGGAAGAGGCAGCUCAUCUAAAAGUUGCGAAGGAGAAGAAAGAAGCCGUUAGUUCAGAUGAUGAAGAGUUUGAGCCCAGCAGCGGAGAUGAUGAGGAGGAGGAGGACCUCGAAGAGGACGAUGACGACGACGACGACGACGACGACGACGACGAUGAUGACGAUGACGAUGACGAUGGCGGUGGGGGUGAUGAUGAUUAAAUGAACGCUGGUGAUGAGAAUCCUCUUUCCCGAUAUAUCACCAACAUUAGUGAUGUUCAUUAACAUUUAAUUGUUCACGUGUAAUUUAUUUAAUGCUAAAAAGAGUUGAUUGCCGUUGUACUCAUGUAACACUGACGGACUGUCGAUGGACAGUUAAAAAAAUUGAUCAAAUUCAAUGCAGCAGCUUUUUUCUGCGCUCGCUUCUUCCUUGUCAAAACCUGGUGCCUACAUUACCCACACUGCUAUUCGAACACUGCCAUGUUUGGAGAUUCAGGUGUAUUAUAGUAUAGGCUAUAGCUGCUGACCUCAGGCAGAGGUGAGGAGCGGGCUACAGAGGUCUGGUGAGCACAUGCAUUUCUAAUUCCACACCCGCAGAUUUUUUUUCUUCGUUUUAAACUUGCACUCUUCAGACGCAGCCAAUUCUGACUCAAGUGGCAUCGCAUGGGGCGAUUUCUGGGCUCUCACUGGAGCAAAAAGGAGCUUAAUGCAUUGUUUCUAGAUACCUAGUGUUUCUCCCAAAAACAGACUUUGUUUAUAUAAUUUCAAAAAAAGGGCCCCUCUAUCUUUUGCCAAUUGUAUGGAUGUGGAUCGAUGGAAUGUACACGACGACUGUAACUUGGCCACUUUGUGCUAAUUUGACUUUUGUUUCCAAACUGCUGCUACCUGAAAUGUAUUGUCUCAGAUCGAUGUGAAAAUUCAUGAAUCACACACACACACACAGAUACACACACACACCGUGUUUAUCUAUCAGCUCCACUGCCACAUCACCCAUUUCUCCUGUUCACGUCCUAAAAGCGCCAGCCGAGAGCAGACAAAGCUCAUGUAUCUUUAAAAAAUAUCUUUUAACUUCUGUGUCUGGAGGAUUCCGCAGGUUGUUGGAAAACAAUUGAGAGAAUGGGUGUAGUCUUUUUUUAAAAAUUAAUUUUAUCUCGUAGAAAAUCCAGAAUGAGAUGUAUGAGUGAGAGAGUACGCAAGUUGUUUACUGCUUCGGCAACACUGCCGUGGUUUUGUAUUUUCAUUUUGUACAUAGUGUUAAAAUAAGCAGAGCUUUACACUUUUUUUUGUUAAAAAUCAAGUCCUGAAAUGCUGUCACAUUUAUCUCUGUGUAAAGCCUUUAAAAUAAAAUUACCGUUUUUGAAAUUG